UCAUCAUUGCCCUUGUUUGGAGCACGUAUUCGUCUUUAAAUCUUAUUGUGAGUCUCCUCUCCUUGGUUGGAUUGUCUCAAUCUAUCAUAUUAUUGGAAUAGGCUCAGUGACCUCCACUUUCACUGAUGGAACAUCCUCAGAAGUUUCGAGGCCGGAGAAUUGACAAUCUGUGAUGAACUCUGAAAAAGGAACAUCUUAUGGCUGAUGGAGGAUAUAUCUACUCAUUGGAAGGUGUGAAACACUGUUGCUAUCAGGUUGAUAUAAAUGAGGCUUCACGUGGAAGUUGCAGUUAUUUGUCUCGCCGGCUUCCUCUCAAUUCAUCAUAUUUUUUGUGAUGAAUCUUCUAAUGCAUUUGGGUCAAUCAAAUGGACAUGUUCAUGCUUAUUGGACCAAGGGAACCAAAACUCUUUUCUCUCAUCAAACUGCUCCACAUCCUGUAAUUGCACUUCAGAUGGAGAAAAGAGCAAAAAUAUGUGGACGUGCAGAUGCAUUGACAUUUUUCCCAAAAUAGCAUCUGGGAACAAUGACGCCAAUUGCUUCACAGCCUGCAACUGCACUGCUGGUUCUCUUAAUGAGGCGCAAGCAUCAGAUAAGCACAAUUCAAGCAGAGCUGUCAUAAUUGUCCUACUAAUCUGUGUCCUUUUCACAACUAUCGCAUUCUUUGCCUCGAUCAUAUUCUACCUUUACCGAAAGGAGAAGCGCCAAAUCCAGUCUCCUUUGUUCGCAUCAGACAUAGAAACAAGUUGCAAUAGUGCCUCUGAUUUAAUUAAACAUAAGAUCUCAUCAACUCGAGAAGCUAAAGUUAAUGUAUCUUCCCGUGUCAAUUCUUUCAUAGGGUGCUUCUACAAAGCUGCAUUUGUUGUUAAACACAAAUCUGGAACUGUACAUGGUAUCUUACUUCAGUUUGCAUACUCUGAACUGGAACAUGCAACCAACUACUUUUCCAGUUCUAAUCUCAUUGGACUUGGAGGAAGCAGUUACGUGUAUCGUGGACAGCUUAAAGAUGGCAGAAUUGUCGCUAUUAAGAGACUUAAUCAUGAGGAAGGUCCAGAUGCAGACUUAAAGUUUUCAACCGAGGUGGACCUCCUAUCAAGACUUCAUCACUGCCAUGUGGUGCCUUUGCUCGGGUACUGCUCAGAAUUUCACGGGAAACAUGUUGAAAGGCUGCUGGUGUUUGAAUUUAUGGCCAACGGUAAUCUAAGAGACUGUCUAGAUGGCACAGUAGGAGAGAACAUGAGCUGGGAUACCCGUGUUGGGAUUGCAAUUGGAGCUGCAAGGGGUUUGGAGUAUCUCCAUGAGGCCGCUGCUCCAAGAAUAUUGCAUAGAGAUGUCAAAUCCACAAACAUUCUUUUAGAUGAUAAUUGGAGGGCAAAGAUAACUGAUCUUGGUAUGGCGAAAUGCUUGAAAGCUGAUGACCUACCCAGCGGUUCCAAUUCUCCAGCAAGGAUGCAGGGGACUUUUGGCUAUUUUGCUCCUGAGUAUGCAAUUGUUGGGAGAGCCUCUCUAAAAUCUGAUGUUUUCAGUUUCGGGGUGGUUCUUCUUGAGCUCAUCACUGGUCGGCAGCCAAUCCAUAAAUCAACCAGCAAAGGAGAAGAGAGCCUUGUCAUAUGGGCUACACCACGUUUACAAGACAGUAGCCGAGUGAUUUCGGAGUUGCCCGAUCCCAGGCUGAAAGGAAACUUCCUUGAAGAAGAGAUGUAUAUAAUGGCUUACCUUGCGAAGGAAUGCCUGUUAUUGGAUCCUGAUUCACGGCCAACCAUGAGUGAGGUGGUUCAAAUUCUUUCAACAAUCGCACCCGAUAAGUCUAGAAUGAGAAACAUGCAGGCCAGCCUUUCUCAGUGGUCUUCCGCCAGUAUGAAAUCUGAUUCGAUUACAGAAAUACCUGGCGAACUGGUAUAUAGUCCUAGAGACACAGAAGGGUUGAAAAAUUUUGCGCCAAAUGGGUUGUCCAGCCCAUGUUCUCUACCAGUUGAUGUUGGCCAAGAUCCUUGGACUGCAAACAAUGAAAACGAUAUUUCCUCCAAUCACGUAGAGAGAUUGAUUAUGCUUUCCUCUAAAGCGAGGAGCUGGCGUUCCCAUGAGGAUGAUUCAGUGGACUUAGUUGAACCUCGGUUCGAAUCCUUCUGCUUGGCAACUACAAGUCCCCUUGAGAAGACGCAUUGAGUCAGUACAUGGGGAUGAGAGCAGCAGUGAGUACAUAUCUGUAACCCCGCAUUGCAAUGUAUCGGCUUCUUUUUGGCCAAUUUGUUUGUUGAGUAUACAUAGGUUCGAGAUACAUUAAGCUUCUCUUCUUUCUUUAUGUUUUUCCCCUUUCCCUCGUAAAGCAUAGGAUGAAUUAGGUUGGUGGGUACCAACUUAUUUCUUUGUUUGUUUCAUGCUUCAUCAAAUUGCUUGUACAGAAGUUAAAAAAUAGAUAUCUUAGUUUUUUUUCUUUAACAGAAAUCUGAACCUCGAUAGGAAUCUGAAAUUA